UGGCUGUUCAAAUUCUUCUGACCGGGAAUAUGAACGAGGGAAAGAGAUAACGGGCAAACAACAUCAUCAGUUCAAGUUAAAGCGGCUAAUGGUUUGUUAGAAAAAAAUACUACUAUUGGUAUCUGAAACGGUUAAAUAAUAAAUAAAAGUUGUUUAUGAAGUCAGAACAUUAAAUUUAAGAUAUAGGCUUCUUAAUUUCUUUUAUUAACUUAAUAAAUGAAAAGGUUUAAAAAUAAUAGAAUAAUUUGAAAUUUGCUGAAAGAAAAGAUGGUACAUGAAAGCGCGCUAUAAAACCUUAGAAUUAGGACAGUAUAAAUAGUACGGGUUGUACUCAAGAAGUUGAGUAGCAGAGUCACAAACUGAAAAGUUGGGUGCAGCCAUGGAGGGCAAGAACAAGAGUAAAGAAAGCAGUGCGAGCGGUCAACGGCGUGUUGGUUUACUAUACGAUAGUAGGAUGUGCAAACACUACUCGCCGAACGAGCCGAAGCACGUCGAGAAUCCUAAUCGCAUUAGGUCAAUUUGGAAUCGACUCGAAGCCGCCGGCGUUCCUCAACGAUGCGUGCUUCUAGAGGCCAAGAAAGCUGAAGACAGACAUGUGCGGUUAGUUCAUUCCAGACAUCAUGUGAAUCUGAUUAAGAACAUUAGCGCCAAGGGGUUCAAAUCGCGGAGGUCUCAGCUUGCCUCCGAAUUGAAUUCCGUAUAUUUUAAUGAAGGUUCAUCUGAAGCUGCGUUCCUUGCUGCUGGCUCUGCUGUAGAGGUUGUUGGAAAGGUGGCAAGUGGGGAAUUGGAUUCAGCUGUUGCCAUUGUGAGGCCCCCAGGUCAUCAUGCAGAACAUAAUGAAGCUAUGGGAUUUUGUCUCUUCAACAAUGUGGCAGUUGCUGCAAGAUAUCUCUUAGACGAAAGACCUGAUUUAGGUGUGAAGAAAAUUUUAAUUGUUGAUUGGGAUGUCCAUCAUGGAAAUGGUACUCAAAAAACGUUCUGGAAUGACUCUCGAGUUUUAUUCUUCUCCGUUCACAGGUAUGACUUUGGGGCUUUUUAUCCUGCUGAGCACCAAGGGUUUUAUACUCAGGUGGGAGAAGGAGAAGGUGCUGGAUAUAAUAUAAAUGUCCCCUGGGAGCAGGGGAAAUGUGGUGAUCCAGAUUACAUUGCAGUGUGGGACCACAUCUUGCUUCCUGUUGCCAAAGAAUUUAAUCCAGACAUAGUUAUAGUUUCUGCUGGAUUUGAUGCAGCUGUCGGUGACCCUCUAGGAGGAUGUCGUGUCACAGCAGUUGGUUAUUCUGUUCUGUUGGAGAAGUUGAUGAAUUUUGCUAAAGGUAGGAUUGUACUGAUUUUAGAAGGGGGGUAUUAUCUUGAUUCCAUUGCAAAAUCAAUGCAUGCUUGCUUGGAAGUUUUGCUAACUGGCAAGUCUGUUGCCGAAUCCUCAAAGGACUAUCCAUUUGAGUCUACAUGGAAUGUGAUUCAAGCGGUUCGCGAGAUGUUAAGUCCAUUUUGGCCUACACUUGCACCUAAACUACCACAAGAGUUAGUCUCACAAAUAGGCCCCUCUCCGCAUACUCUGAUUUCAAGCUCGGACUCUGAAGAUGAGGAUGAUAAGGGUGCACCAAUUUCAGGAAAUCUUGGAGACCUUAUUGAGGAUGUCUUAAAACCACUGUCCAAACUGAAAGUGGAUGCUGAUGAGGAGAUUCAUGUUUCUAGUACUUGGCGAUCUGCAUUAUCAAAUGUUUAUAUAUGGUAUGCCUCGUAUGGAUCAAAUAUGUGGAAAGCAAGAUUUAAUUGCUACCUAGAAGGUGGACAGGUGGAUGGUAUGGUGAAGCAGUGUUCUGGUUCAGUGAACAGAACUCUGCCAAAGGAGAUCACGUGGAAGACUUUCCCUUGUGAUAUAUUCUUUGGUCGUGAUUCAUCGCAUUCAUGGGGACUGGGAGGCGUUGCAUUUCUUAAUCCUGAAAAAAAGUUUGAAGGCAAGACCUACAUGUGCUUGUACAAAAUUUCGCUAGAGCAGUUCAAUGAUAUUUUAUUUCAGGAGAACAUUUUAAGCCUUGAUGCGGGCUCUCCUUUAGUUGAUAUAACUACCUUGAAUGCUAUCUCUGACAAGGAGUUCAACUCCCUGGAGGUUGUCAAG